GCGACGGUUCAUUCUACCGAGUCUGCUACAGUGCCCACAGCUAGAAAUUGUGCUCCACAUUUUCACGCCAGUUUUCGUGCCUCAUCGUUUUCCUCAAGCGCACUCACCUCACACAACAUCUCGACCAUUCUUGGAAUUUCUGGUUUCCUAAUACAGCGCAGCGUUUAUCGACACGAGGCUACACGGAGCAGCCGCGCGACCUUCAGAGAGUCCGCGACAGACAUCAACUCAGCGUUUCACGAUGUCUUUCUCCAGUCCACGCACAAUCCUACGCGAACAGAUCCAUGCCAAGCUUGACAUGGAUCUGUUUGCGCCUGCGAGACUGAGCAAUGAAGUGUCCUUUAGGAGUGCGAUGGGUGCUCUGGAAGAACACGUUCAAAACCCAGCCUUCGACAAGCUUAAAGCAACAACAGCUUUCAUGGCUGAACCUAGGCUCUACGCAUAUGUUUACUCCGCCUGUACGCAAGGCACCGCCGCACUUUGGAGAGAGGCGAUCAUGGCAGACUUUCCUACACAAGCGGACCAGUUUGAAUCCUCCCUCGCUUGUACUCUCCUAAGCCAGUUGACACUCUACUUCUGGUCCCUCGAUUAUCCCUCCGCGAGCCUCAUCGACUGCCAUAAAGCGGUGGACCUCGCAAAGCCGGUCCUGAAAGAACUGUCCAAACAGGACGCGUUCAUAAGCGAGAACAUAACACUCGAAGAGUACAUGGCCUCGAUCAGAGACGAAGACGAAGACGAGUUCUUUAUCAAAAAACGCGUGAAGCAGAAGCAAAGGAAGAAGAGCCGCAGCCUCAAACCAUCCACGAUAAUUGACCGGAGACCUUUUGAUAACCUCGGGAUCCCCGUACCAGUUUUCCAAGUGGAUGCGGAUCGACGUGUCGAGGAGAUUCUCGCGGACCAGAAAGCUAUUCUCCUUCAUUGUCUCGAUGUGCUACGCAACCCCGAGCUGGCGGCUGUAUUCAAAGACGCUUACUUGCCACAUGACGGCUUCAUCCAGGACUCUGGCUUCUCCAACGAGCACAUCAACAGUGCAGCCGACAAUCUUUCGAACGCCCCUGGGCAGAACCCAGAGGUGCCGGCCGCGUAUCCGAUGAUACAACCUAUGAAGGCGGCCUUCCAUUUCGACUCGGUUGAUGGUUUCGGCGAAUGGCAAAUUCUUGUGUCUACGCGCGCCGAUCGCAACUUGCGUGAAUACAAGAGAAGUGAUCAGAAACUCUUUGCAAUCAUACUGAAGAAAAUCAAGGAGCUGUCCAACGGACAUUUUUCCGACGACAAUCAGAAGAAAUUAACUGGCAAGGAUGCUGGCGUGCCCGUUUUCGAAGCUAAAAUGACGCGCGAUACACGGCUUGUGUACCAAGUAGAUUGUGUCCGCGAGUUCGAGACCGAGAUCGAUCGUCAAGUUCUUCGGAUCUUCGGUAUCUACACGCACGCUCAGCUCGAGCGACGGUUCUGGGAUGCUGUCGGUCAGCAUCUUGCGGGGAAGGGGAAAGAAUAUCGGAAGCGAUGUAUCUAUCGUAAACCUCCUAAGAACCCCGGAGACAAGGUGUUCUCCCCUGAAAGCUUCCCACCAGCUCAGGGGCCCGAUGUUCCAGAGGGACCUGUACAAAUUGCUGGUUUACGAGAUGAAGACCGUGAAGAGCUGCACUCGAUCUUGGUCCUUCAGAAGUUCGUUACUUUCUCUCAGGCACUUUUGAAUAGUAUCCUUGCCGAUCAAGACGUUCAGCAUGUGUUCCACAUGUCCCCGUCGGAGCAGGCAAUAGUCAAGCACAGCGGAUCUUGCUACGUUCUGGGCCGCAGUGGUACGGGUAAAACGACCACUAUGCUGUUCAAGAUGCUCGGAAUAGAGCGCGCUUGGGAUGCUAUCCGCGAGGAUUCGAGCGACAGCUUCUCCCGACCGCGACAAGUCUUUGUCACUCAGUCUCGCGUUCUCGCAGAGAAGGUCGAGGAAUAUUACCGAAAGCUGGCAGAGUCGCACGCAGCGGCGACAAGAAGUGCACAAGAAUCUGCGCAGAUGGGAGCACAGAAGCAAAAUACGGAGGAUCGGGCACUUGUUGACCAGGACGAGGAAGAGUUCUGGCGUGGCUCGCUGCCGAAGAAGUUCAGUGAGCUACAAGAUGAACAUUUUCCGUUGUUCGUCACAUUUGAUCAUCUGUGCCGGCUCUUAGAAGGAGAUCUUUGCACCUACAACAAGGGCGAAUUUGCGUUUUCUGUGGCUGAUGAUGACAGCACUGUAGAUCCCUCUGCUGUCGCGAGCGAUUAUAUGCUACAGCGUCGGGACUCAUUCGUGUCCUACGGCACUUUUCUGCAAGCCUAUUGGUCUCAUCUUCCUCAGAAUCUCACCAAGAAUCUCGAUCCUGCUCUCAUUUUCGCGGAGAUUAUGGGUGUCAUCAAGGGGUCGGAAAGCGCACUUCAAACCGCAGAAGGUCAUCUAGACGAAGGGACGUAUAUCUCACUCAGCCACCGUCAGCAAGGGACGUUCGCCGGCCGCAGGGAAGCGGUAUAUGAACUAUUCUCAGCGUAUCUGCGGCUGAAGCGCCAACGCAGGGACUGGGACGCUGCCGAUAGAACGCAUGCCAUCCUCCGCGGACUGGACCAGAUUGGCGUCCCGGGAAAGAAAUUGGAUUUCAUCUAUGUGGACGAAGCCCAGGAUAAUCUCCUCGUUGACGCGCUUGUUCUGCGAACUUUAUGCAGCAAUCCUCUUGGUCUGUUCUGGGCCGGAGACACUGCCCAGACAAUCUCAGUGGGAAGUUCGUUCAGGUUCGACGACUUAAAGGCUUUCCUUUAUCGCCUAGAGCUCGCUUCCUCCCCGAAGGGCUAUCUUGCUAAGUCUCCAGAAUCUUUUCAGCUCACUGUAAACUACCGUUCGCACGGAGGCAUCGUCCGAUGCGCUCAUUCCGUCGUGCAACUCAUCACGCGGUUCUGGCCACAUGCAAUCGACACUCUGGCUGAGGAGAAGGGAGUCGUCGAUGGCUUGAAGCCUAUCUUCUUCAGUGGGUGGGAUCAGGAUACUGUGCAGUAUGAGCAGUUCCUAUUCGGCGCGUCUGGAAGUCAGAUUGAAUUCGGCGCGCAGCAAUGCAUUCUUGUUCGAGAUGACGAGGCUCGUAGCAAGCUGCAAGCUCAAAUGGGCGAUAUCGGUUUGAUCUUAACCCUGUACGAAAGUAAGGGUCUCGAGUUUAACGACGUUUUAUUAUACAACUUCUUCGAAGACUCCACGGUGGAGCUCUCCCAGUGGAGGGUUGUCUUGAAUGCAUUGGACGACAACCUCAAGAAGCGUAUGAAGUGCCCUCAGUUCGACGACGCCCGGCAUAGCGGAGUCUGCCGAGAGCUCAAGUUCUUGUAUGUCGCUAUUACCCGUGCCCACAAGAAUUUAUGGAUCGCCGAUUGUUCAGAGAAGGGAGAGCCGCUGCGAACGUUCUGGAACGCCCACAGUCUCAUGAAGAAUUGCAGUGCUGCAGACGAAGUUCCUCGUCUGGCGAUGACUUCUACACCCGAAGAGUGGGCCGCCACCGCAAGGACGCUCUUUGAUAACCGGCGAUACCUGCAAGCCGUCAGGUGCUAUGAGCGGGCUGGCAUGCCUCGGCAAAAGGAGGUUGCAUAUGCGUAUCAUCUACGUGAACGAGCUCGAGGCACAGUGAAGACGAGACGUACAACGGACAACGCUCGAACACUUGCCUUCAUCGUCGCUGCGGAGGCGUUUCUCAAAUCUGCUUCCAUUGCUUCUGUUGCCAGAGAGACCUUUGCCUAUCAUCGCAACGCCGCCGAGUGUUUCGUCGAAGCCGAUGAUCAUUGCAGAGCAGCAGAAGCAUAUCUGCAAGCCGAAGAAUAUACGAAGGCAGCACAGCAUUAUCGCAAAGCCGGGCUUUUUGAUGAAGCUGUUGACAUAGUCCAGCGCCAUGGUCGUCGCAUCCCAGAAACAUUCGCCACUACAAUCAUCGACGUAGCCAAGCUCCACUAUGUCAAGGAGAAUCGACUUGAUCGUGCAACGAGUCUCUUCCCAACACUCGACGACGCUUUGGAGUUCAUGGAGGACUAUGGAUUCGACGUCGCUCGGGCAACUCUUCUGGAGCACUCAAGCAGAUUCGCAGAGGCAGCAGAACUUCAUCUUGAAGAAGGUCGCCCGCUUCAAGCCAUUCGAUUAUUUAUGCGGGACUGGGCAAGUAAUCACUCGCGCCAGCGGGCGGAGGAAUGCGUGCUGCAUGGGCUGUGGGAAUAUCUUUCGUUCGGCAUGACUGCCAAGGAUGGGUACGAGAAGUCCGAUUUGGGUCGACUUUUGCAGGCUGCAAGAGAUAUUAAGGCGAAGGCGGGAGCGAGCAUGUCGAAGCAUACACUAGAUCAGUUCGCAAUGUUCGAAUGCAUCGCACAAGGUCAAACCUCGCAGCUUCAGGAGCUCGGGGAACAGCUAUUAUCCGCUCAUGGAGAUAGCGCAUCUGCUCUGCUUUGUCUAGAUCAUGUGUUCAACAAGCCGGUAAAGAUUGUGUCGGCCAGUGCCCCCGAGGCGGCGUCGACGCUGCGAGCCUUUCUAACAUAUUGUCGCGAAAUGCAGCGGAUCGGGCUUGAACCUAACCCCGGUCAGGAUAGAAUGCUAGGGAAGCUAUUUGGCUUCCGGAACGCGGACGGUGCGGAAAAUACCUACGUUCUCUCAAGUAGCACCUUCCUGCAUACAUACCACUACCGCCACCUUGGAGAUGCGGCGUCAGCGGACGAGACCCAGGCCUUCAUAUUCAACGACUGGGAUUUGACAAGCUUGCUUCGCUCAGCUCUCCACCCACGACUAAGGCGUAGAGUCAGCGAAGAAAAUAUUCUCUGUAGCAAAGCAGGUGCUAUUUUCCUGUGUCCGACUUUCGCACUACUUGGGACGUGCCACUCAAAUGACUGCUCCCGAAGCCAUCAAGUGAAUGCUGCUCUAGACGUAGAAGGAUAUCGCCUCCGAGUCCGACUUAUUUUCCAGCAAAUUCUCAUUUGUCAGACUGUUGUCGCGUUGGAAAAUCGCAGCAUUGCUGCCGGUCAGCAGCGUUUUUGGCUCUCCUCUCUGUAUCAUACCCUGCAUCCCUCUCAUCCGAAGCUUGGCGUCGCCACAAGUUUGAACAUGGCCUCUAUACCCGAAGCCGAAAGGGCAAUCCAAGUCAUCAAGGACUGGAUUCGCGACUUGCUGUACAAUCUUACACCUUGGACGUCUGAUCGACGACACUUCCUUACAGAUGCCGCCGAGCUGAUGACACUAGCAUUUGUGUUCGACAGGACCGGAGCGCGAGACUACAUCGCCCGUGCCAGGUUUUUCGUGGAGCCUGGACAGAGACUCCGGGAAUUGGUGCGAGGCAAGGGGGGUGAACGAUAUAUCCUUCACGAUUUGUUCCUUGCUCUGAGCGCUUCAGAGCCAUCUUCCGUAGCGGCUGGUGUACUAUUCUUGCACACUGUGAUCGAGGACGGUGUGGCCAUGAACAUCAACGUCUUCUGCCAGCUGUUCGACUAUAUCUGCGCAUCCUUUAUCUUGCAUCACCGGCUGCAUAAAAAUGGAUCUUUGCAUGAUACGACACUCAGCCGUCGCUGGAUUGUGUCCCUAUGCGGUAGCGGCUCGUUGGAACCGAAGGAUACUGGCCUACUUCUCUUACUUCUACGGCCCUUGAGGGACUUAAUGAGAGAGGCACACUAUGGAUCUAGUGGUACUAACUUCCUGGUUUACGAGCGGAACACUACCAAGAUCGAGAUGCAGAUCCGAAACAUCUUUGUGGCGCGAAUCUGCUACAACAUUUGUCUUCUCGGCUACAACAUACCAGGUUGGCAGCUUAGGAAUGACAUCCACCGGACGAUCACCUCCAUCAGGCAGCCUUCGAGGCUCUAUUCGCGCUUGAUUGUCAAGUACAUCAAGGCUUCAACGUGGGAUGAUCUCGUUAGAGCUCUGAGGAGCACUGCUGAGACAGAGGCAUCAGACUUCGAUCACCUUGUCCAGCUCAAGGACUCAAGCAAGGUCACCGGUCCUACGCACCCUAUCCGGGGUAUCCGCCCCGUGGUUUACACCAAGCCAGAAGAUAUCGUUCCGCUAGUCAAUGGUGCCAAGGUCGAGACUGCUCCACAAGCGAAGUCAACUCUGCGCGCGGAAGCUGCCCCGUUCAUUCCUGCGCGAUUCCUCAAAGCCGACGUCGGUGUUGAGGAGGAUGAGGAGGAGGAUGAUGAUGAUGACGAGCCUGUGGACGACCCUUCGGCGCAAGAGGAAGAUGCGGGUAUCGACCACAGCGUUGACCUGGACGCUGCUGCUCGCACGGUUGAUGCUGCGCGAGUCGAACAGACCGUUGCGCCGCCCUCGGUAGAAGAGAUCGCAGCCGCCAAGCGCAUUGCAUUGAUGUACCGGCGACUGCUCUCUCGCAGACACGGCGUCCCCAAGAAGGGCUUGCCAGCCGCCAGGCUCCGUUGGUUCAUUUCAUGCCAGGAGCUUUCGCAAGACUUUGACAGGCCCUACCGGCUGCUUUUCCUUGGUCCGUUCCCGCAUGCGCUGGUAUGCCUGGAGAAGCUGAACGCCUACGCCAUUAACUCCAAAAAGAACGCUCAUAUGCGUCUUCGAAUCGCCCCGCAAGAGGUGUAUGAGAAGGUAAAGGUCGAGGUAGACAAUGCUAUCCGCCUGACUAAGGACGUAGCGGAGCUCAAGAAACGUUUAGACACGAAGUCCAAGCUGCAUGCUGAGCAGAACUACGAGGAGUUACGACAAGGUAUCGUUCGGCUGGAAGAACUUUCGGCGAGUCUACCUGAGUCGGUGUCCCAAGAAUGGGAUUGGGACUUGAAGAUGGUUGUCAAGGGCAUUGUGCAGCAAAAGGCACCGCCGAGGAAGAAGGUCAAGCCCGAGCUCGUCAUUGAUGACGAUGACCUGUAUUAGUGUACUUUCGUGUCACUCAAGUCUGCUGUGCCGGGGACUGCGUGCUUCCCGCGGAUUUGCGACUCUUGCUUAUUAUCUUUGGUAGUCUGUGAUCUGCGCAUGUCUGCAUUCUCUCGACAGGGUGUUCAUGUGUCUGUAAUGUAAUAUCUUACAUAUUCAGUGUUUUUAUGUACAGUUAGAGUGCACGCUAUCCCAGCA